AUGCCAAUACAUAGAAUCCACUUGCCUUCUCAAUCGACGGUAUCGAUGAAUAACUUGGAUGAAUACUUUAAUCCACCUGUCUUGUCACAUACAAACUCAAUGCCAGUACAUACAAUUCAUUCAAACAAUCACACACAUACUAAAUCGCCUUCACAUUCAAAUGAUUCCCUAAAUUUAUUAAAAGCAUCCACUAAAAACUCACUGAAAUUUUCAAAUUCUUCGAAUUCCUCCUCAGGAGUCACCCUGGCAAAUGCACAAUCCUCUUCUUCCCUUCAUUCGAUGUUAUCCAAUCAAACGGCAACGACCGAAUAUUCUCCAAAUCUUAUAGAUGACGAAUGCGGCGAUUUAUUGAAGAUCAUUGAUUUGGACAUAGAUAGCGACCGAAGCGUACCUUCCCAAUACACAACUGAUGAUGAACAUCAGAAAAUUCCUUAUAAUGGUACAUUGCAUGAAGAUUUGACGUCUUUGAAUAGUUCCAAUCUGGAUGUUGAUGAUACCGACGUACACACUUUACGUGACAAUAUCAGGGCCCAGUUCCAUUUGGAAGACGACGAGUCUGAUGACAACGACGAUGGCUACUUUGAUUCGGAUAUUGAUCAUCACCAUGCUUCAAUGUUGUCACCCUUGACCAAGACUACGACCUCAACUGACACCUGUGGUUGCUCGCAUACAAUAGAUGAUACCAUCACUACCGUCAUACCCGAUUACAAAGAUGAAUCAAAAUGGAACUAUAAGGAGAAGUGGGCGUUUGUUUUGAUUGGUUUACCCGCUUGCGGAAAAUCAACAAUGAUUCAUGAUUUCAUGGAUUAUGUCAACCAAAAUACAGACGGGAAAGUGCGUGUCGACUCUUAUAAUGCAGGUGAAAUCAGAAGGGCCUAUGAGCUGGAAGGACAUCAUAGAUUCGACUUUAAUGACUUGAAGUCCUCCCAAAAAUUGAGAGAUUUUUACGCUUUCGAAGCUCUGAAAAAUCUAACAGACUUCUUGGUUAAUGAUAAAACCGAUAUCGGUAUAUUGGAUGCAACUAAUACAACCAAGGUAAGAAGAGAGGCUAUUUUUGAUUACAUAAAGAAAGUCUCCAAAGAAACAGGUGUUCGAAUCAACCCUCUUCUAUUAGAAGUUAAGUGUUCAAAUAGAGCAUUAAGAAGGUAUAACAUUGAACAAAAGUCUAAAAAUAAAGACUAUAAAGCAAUGCCGCAUGAUAAUGCAAUCAACGAUUUCCUAGGUAGAAUUUACAGAUACGAAAACUCCUAUGAAAAGGUCACUAUUGAUGAAAUCCAGCAUUUAAACGUUAAAUAUUUCGGUAUUGAUAAUGUUGGUGACUCGAUUUAUUAUGACUGUGGUUUGGAUCACCACGACGAUACUCGACAUCAAAAUCUGACUUUUAACCAAAUUGCUUUAGACUUACUCUAUAGAUUUUUGAUUAGCUAUAGAACAAAAUAUGCCGGAGAAUAUCUUACCAAAGUAGAUGAAUUUUACACUGGUGGGCAUUAUAAACCGAUCACUACACAUUUCUCAAAACCCGUAUCUGUUGACGAUGUCAAAAACGUUCAGAAGGAACCUUCAGGUACCAUCAACUCUGUUGUUAAACACGAAAAUGACGAAUCAAAUAAUUGUGAUGACAAGGUUUCGCACACUAAAGUACAAUUUCCAAAAGUUUUAUCAUCAUCAAGAAUUGACCUUUAUUGA